GGCGUGGAGCUUCAGGCGUGUGGGAGGGACUUUCGGUUUUCCACAGCCGGCGCUGCUGCGGGGCUGUACGGGCGCGGAGUUAUCGAUACGCUGUAUCCGGUGCCGAUGCGUGGCUGCUGCGCUUUGUAUCGACGCGUUCUGGGCUCUGGAUUUCGGGUUUAGUUAUUAAAACAUGGAUUUCAACGUUAAAAGAUUUGCAGCGGACGCCGGAACCUUCCUGAGCCGAGCUGUGCAGUUCACAGAGGAGAAGCUGGGCCAGGCGGAGAAGACUGAGCUGGAUGCACAUUUGGAAAAUCUUCUCACCAGAGCAGAAUGUACCAAACACUGGACAGAGAGGAUUCUGAAGCAGACAGAAGUGCUGCUGCAGCCAAAUCCAAAUGUUCGGAUAGAGGAAUUCUUUUAUGAGAAAUUGGACAAAAAAGCCCCCACGCGAAUGAACAACCACGAGCUGCUGGGUCAGGCCAUGAUCGACUCCGGAAACGAGUUUGGGCCCGGAACGGCUUACGGAAAUGCUUUGGUAAAAUGUGGCGAGACGGAGAAGGAGAUUGGUGGAGCUGAGAGGGAGUUUAUCCAGAGCUCAGCUAUCAAUUUUCUCACACCUUUUAGGAACUUUCUGGAAGGUGACUUCAAAACGAUAUUGAAAGAACGUAAGCUGUUACAAAAUAAACGUCUGGAUCUUGAUGCUGCGAAGACGAAGCUGAAGAAAGCCAAGAUGGCUGAGGCCAGAGCUGCACCUCUUAGCACCACUCCCCCGCCGGGAGACGUCGGCUACGCGGCUAACGUCUGUUACUUGGUGAAUUUUCUUCAUGUGAAAUGGCUGAAGAUGUGGGCGGAGGAAGUGAUGAAGGCGGAGCAGGAUCUGAAGAUGACGCAGAGUGAGUUUGACAGGCAGGCUGAGAUAACUCGACUCCUGCUGGAGGGAGUCAGCAGCACACAUGCUCAUCACCUCCGCUGCCUGAAUGACUUUGUGGAGGCUCAGACCACGUAUUACGCUCAGUGCUAUCAGUACAUGGUUGACCUACAAAAACAGCUUGGAAGCUUCCCGUCCACGUUCUCCUCCAAUAAUAACCAGGCAUCGAUGAUGGGCGGGGCCAGCGUUUCCGUGCCGACCCUGCCGGUGUCCUCUUCUCUUCCCGGCGCCGGGGGGAGGAGCUCCUCGGGCUUCAGCGAGCUGCUGAGCUCGGGCGGGAGCCGUAAAGCACGAGUUCUGUACGAUUACGAUGCUGCCGGCAGCAGUGAACUCUCCCUCCUCGCUGAUGAGGUGAUCACAGUGAGCAGUGUCCCAGGCAUGGACUCUGAUUGGCUGAUUGGGGAGCGUGGAAACCAGAAGGGCAAAGUGCCAAUAACCUACCUUGAGCUGCUGAACUGAGGGAUGAGUUAAAGAUCUCAACGCCAACUGCAAAAAAGAGAGAAAAGGAAAACCCUGCGUAUAAUUCAUAUUUAAUGUGUAUAUACAACUGUGCUUGAACGAGCUGCUUCCUCGCCAUCAGUAUCUCAUGGAUAUUUAUACCCAACCAGGGAAGACCGUCUCACACGAGGCCUUUCUGUUUACGAGCUGAGUUAACGCCUCAGCUUUUUACAAGCGCUUUUAAUGUGAGAGAUCAUUACCGCCAGCACUCCUCCAUCUUUAUAAAGAAUGCCAGGUUCACACUACACGAUUUUAGCCCAGUUUUACAGUCGCUGACAGAGGAAAAACAAAAAUCAGGGAUCUCUCGGCGCUUGCCCGGCGAAUAUUUGGCAUGCUAGAUAUCUGACCCAGUCGGCGACUGGGAGUCGGGAGUCAGGAGCAGCAGCUACUCACAGCCAAUAGAAUUACAAAAAAAGAGCUCCAAAAAAACACUCCUGCUUUACUAGAGCCGUUUAUGGAGAGUCUGACCACUUUCUGUUUCUCUGUUAUAUCAGUAAAUGACUGUUAAACUCUAGAGUGAGUCCUCUACAAAUGGGGUGAAUGGAGCUAAAUGAGCUAAAUGCGAAAACUUUAAAUUAACAAUAUUAAUGAACUACUUGUUCUGAGCAUUUCUUUAAUUUCUCUUAAAAAAAGCUAUAAAAGCAUGCCUGUAUUCUUUAGUUUCUCUACAGAAAACUGAACAUUUUUACACUGUAAAGCACUAGCAUUACUGCUACUGUGAGCUGAUUGGUUGAUUGGAGUUCAAAACGAUAAAAAAUGAUGUCUGCUGUGCUGAAACAUUUGAUCUAGUUCUGUGUUGAGGACAUGAUUACAUAUAUUUAAGUAUAAACUCUGGUUUUUCUUAGUUGCUUCAUAUGAACCCAUGUUGUUCAUGUUGGACUCACUUUAAGUGCGUAUUCUCCUCUAUAGAGAUUCUCUGGAAUAGAAUUUCUAGUUCUCGUAUGUUUAGUUCUGGUGUUUUCUCGUGAUAAACGUGUUUCUGGAGAGCUGUCAGGUGUGUUAGCGAUUUUAGACAGCGGAAAAAUUGUGUAAUUCGUGACUCUGUGUCGCAGAUCAGUCGUGUAGUGUGAACCUGGCAUAACGUGGGACAGACUGCCAGCAUGUAGCUUAUCUUGUUUUAUGUAUUUAAGUGCUUUGCCAGUGGAGUUGUUUGGCUCGUGGGUGAAAUGUGUAAAUUUAAAAGUCUUAUGCUCCAAAAAGGUCAAUGUAGACUUGACUACCUGGAACAUUUGUAGGUUAACUUUUAACCUUUCUCUUGGGAACCAUAAGGAAACCAUGACUGUGUCGGGUCUUAAGCACGUUGCUUUUAGCAGCAGGUGGGCGGAGAUGAAACCUGAGGUGAAUAUUUUUGUUAAAAAUAUGAGGGCUGUCUAAUUUCUAAGUCAUUGUAGCCAUAUACCUCAGAUAUUACACUAUGUGGCUUAUCUUAUCUUAUCUUAUCGUACCUUCUGCUUUUUUGUUUUUUAAAAUUAAUUAGGUAAUUUGUGAAGCUCAUGAGGAAACUUCCCGUCUUCACGACGCCCCACCCUGCUUUUAUUCAUUUCAGAGACCUUUAAUGAACACUGUGGAGAACGAACCAACAGUAUUCAGAGCUCGAACUUACGUUAGGAAUAUAUGUUUUGAUAUAAGACUUUUAUUUUGUAAAGUUUUAUACAGUUUAGGUUACUGUAAGGUACAGCUAAGGUAUAAUUUAAGUGUUGCGUGCCUUAAAAUGUCAUUGUGCCUUAUCACAAUAAACUGUAAUUAACUGUAGAGCUUUAAUCAGGAGUUUAAUCAGGAAACGGUGGUCUAACGAUCAGUACUAGUAUUAGGAGUGUACCUUGUGCCGGACUGUAAAAACUGUAAAAGAUAUAAAAUAUGUUUUGUAACUUUAAAAGAUAAAAAAAAAGCCUAACGAUACAGCAUUUAUGGGUAAAUUCAACUCAUCAAUCAACCCUGUCUUUAGUCUUUGUUAAUGUUUAAUAUUGAUUUUUUUUUUCCCAUUAAAUAAUUUUAUUUUAAUGCCAAUUACCCAACCCACUCCCUCUAUCACUAGUAAGGCUCCAACAGUGCACUCGGAGGAAAGCGCAGCGACUCAGCUAUUAUACAUCAGCUAACAGACAACGCCCGUGCUGACCAACAUUACAUUAGAAGUGAUAAGUCGAGGGCUAAUUGUGCUCUCUCGGACUCCAGCUGCUGAUGGCGAUCCUUACAUCCUAGUGUUUAGCAGAUCUUUAGCAAAUUUUAAGUUUAAGCCUUUUGGUCAGUUAAAUUGUUGCAUUAAAAUUCCUAUUAAUAUAUUUAUCUAUUGCGAUUUAAAAAAAAUGUAAUAGUGGCCCAGAGCUGCCACUAUGAUCAGGAGAUUGCUGGUUUGAAUCCAGGUCAUGCAGCUUGCCGUCAGCUGCCGGAGUCCUGAGAAAGCACAGUUGCCGACUAGCAGCUGAAUAAGUGAGACAAUAAUAAUUAAUGUAUAUUAUAAUUAAUAAUAAAUGAAUUGGAGAAAAAAAAUGGAAGAAUUUGAAAAAUAAAUCUUAAAAUCCAUUUUAUACAUUUUUCAACCAAUUACAGUACUGAAAUGAGUGUCUGUUAAUGCAAACAAUGCAUGAGCAAGGAUAGUAUUAUUAACUACUAUUUAUCACUUCAUUUAAAAAAUAUAGCCCCAUUUUCUAAUGAUAUUGCAUAAUAUAAAGGAUGGCGUAGAACUAGCUAACAUUAGCCGCGAGCUAGCUAACCUUGCCAGGGAGAGAACUAAGGUUAGCGGAGUUAAUAUUAGCGGCAAGUUAGCUAUCAUGCUAACAUUAGCUGCGAGUUAGCUACAUUACCAGGGAGAAAACCAGAAUUAGCAGAGAGCUAACUAACGUUAGUGGCCAGCUAGCUAGCAUGCUAACAUGUUCUGCAUCAAACAGAACAAAAUAGAAACUAAAAUCAAUAAAUGGGAAACAUUAAGUUUUCAUUUUCAAUACAAUUAUAUUACAAUUCCUACUAAAGAAAUUAUGACUAAACUUUUGGGCCUUAAAUUAUAUUUAUUGAGUUUUUUUUUUAAAGUUCCUAAAAAGCAUUAAAUUUGACAGAUACCUCUGUAUCACCGGAUCAUCGCUGCUCCCUAAAAGAUUGCUAGUUUCUGCAGUUACAGAUUUUAUCACAGGAGGAAAUGUUAAAACUGAUGAGUUGAGUUUGGUUAUUUUUGCUGUACAGUUAGGCACCCUUAACUUAAUAUGCACAAAUUACCAUAUGCAGUACAUGCACAAACUGUACGUUUACAUUGGGAGGCCAUAAAUGUUUUGUGUUAUGUAAUUUCUUUUGACCUGUUAUAGAAAAAGGCUUUUUCAUUAUAGAAUAAAGAAAUGAUUUUA